GCUCCCGGGAGGUGCUGCCCGGGAGGGACCCGGACGGGGCUCCCCGAAGGCUGGAGCGCAGGGAUGUGCCCCGGCGGCGCUGAGCGCUGAGAAACUUCGCACUCCAGGGAUGCGCAGCUCCAGGAGGCAGCGAGGCGCCCACACAGAGCCCGACACGGAGCGCCUCAACCCCCCUGAUGCGGAUCGGCGGCUCCCGGCCGUCCCCCCGCAGCCCCCGGCCCGCCGGAGCACAGGUACGGGGCAGCCUCGGGUGAGCCGCGGCGGAGCCGGGCAGGGCGAUGCCGCCCUUUAACUCUUUUCAAGCCUCACGGCUGGAAUCGGGAUCCUCCUUCGCGGAGUGCAAAGGGGCGUCUCUGGAUGCUUGGUAGAGCCAAGGCAGCACCGGGGGAGAGCAGGGGGGACGGCGACACGCUUUCUCUCGCGUCUCAUCGAGCCUGGCUGUGCUGCCAGGCUGCACAGAAGCUCCUGCCCGCCACAAUGUCCCCACCGGUGACCGCAGACCCGCUCUGGCCGCGGGUGGUGAAGCUGCUGCUGCUGCUGCUCCAGCUGUGCGCCCCCGGCCGCGCUCCCCAAGCCUCCCCGCAGUCCCGCCUCUGCCCCUCCGCCUGCAUCUGCACCUCCGACCUGCUGAGCUGCAGCCGGCAGACGCUGCAGCGAGUGCCCCCGGCACUGCCGUCCACCACCACCACGCUGGACCUCAGCCACAACGCCCUCACCCAACUCCACGACCGCUGGCUGGCUGCCCUCCCGCACCUCGAGGCCCUCCACAUCAGUCACAACCAGAUUCGGGACCUUUCUCCGCAGGCUUUCCACAAUGCCUCCUACCUGCGGCACCUGGACAUGUCCUCCAACCACCUGCACGCCGUGGAGACGCACUACUUCGAGGCGCUGGUGAGCUUGGAGGAGCUGCUGCUCUACAACAACCACAUCAAGCGGGUGGAUGAAAACGCCUUCGCCAAGCUGAGUGGUCUGCGGAAAGUCUACCUGAGCUGGAACAACCUGACCACCUUCCCCUUCCAUGCGGUGCAGGGGCUGGGGAUCUACAACCUCCGUACGCUGGACCUCUCCUCCAACUGCCUGAGCAGCAUCCCUGUGGAGGUGCUGGUGGCUCUGCCCGAAAACAUCGGGAACGGUUUGUACCUUCACAACAAUCCCAUCAGGUGCAGCUGCCCGCUCUACCUGAUGCUCCAGCGCUGGAAGCAGCGAGGAUUCAGCUCCGUGAAGGAUUUCUUCGAGGAACACACCUGCAAGGUAUCUGGCAACGUGCCCCGGUCCCUGAUCAAGGUCCACAAAUACAGCCCCAUGUUUGAGAACUGCUUGGCGGGCCCUGGAGACGCGCACCUCUCGCCCUUCCAGGUGAUGGUGGGCCAGCCCAUCCUGCUCACCUGUAACACCAGUCUGCCGUCCUCAGCCACUACCUACAUGUGGAUCUCCCCUCAACACGAGCCCAUCAAACACCCGGGGAACAGCAACGGCUCCCUGGAGGUCUUUCGCAACGGCAGCCUGAGGAUCGCUGAGGCCAAGCCCUGGCACUCGGGGGUCUACGUAGGCUUCACCAAGAGCACCCACAAUUUCAGCAGGCUGUGUGAGUUCAAUGUGACCGUCCAGUACCCCAAGCCAGCUGGGGAGACCUUCAACACAGGCCUCACGACUCUGCUGGGCUGCAUCGUGACCCUGGUGCUGGUGAUCAUCUACCUGUACCUCACGCCGUGCCGCUGCCUGCGCUGCUGCAAGAAGCCAGCCCCGCUCAGCCCCCCGCAGGAGUGCAGUGCCCAGUCCUCCAUCCUCAGCACCACCCCCCCUGCCACUGACGGGCCGAACCGCAGGGCCGGCGCCAACAAGCACGUCGCCUUCCUCGAGCCCAUCAGGGAGACGCAGAAUGGCAAGAUCCGCCUGGCCCUCGGUGAGGACUUCCCCGACCCCAAGCACCCCAAGGUCCUGCAGCUCAAGUCAGACACAGAGUCCAUCAGUUCUGUCUUUUCUGACACCCCCAUCGUGUCGUAGCGGGGCAGAGCUGGGAGAAAAAACAGGGCCUCAUGACAGCUGGUCUCCAUCGCUGCUAGAUCAGGAUUAUUGGGCACCCCGAGUUCCUGGCUUGAGUGCGACCCAUGGGAGUGAUCAUCAUCACCCACAACUGCUUCAGCCACGAGCUCCUGGUGGGUUUUGGGUCACAGGCACACAUUGGUGCCCAGCAAGAACUCCUUGCAUAAUCCACUGGCAACAACCUCGUUAGCACAAGGGUAAUGCUGAUGAACCCAGCAUGCUGGAGAAACCCCCCUUCUUUCGGGCACCCACCCUCCCUAAUGGUGACACUGGGGCUGGGGAUCUGCCACGUCCUCAGUCAUGAGAUGCCCAACCUGACACCGCCACCACAGACCCCUAGGCCAAGGAACAGCUGUGACAUGUGGGACACUGUCCUCACUCAUGACAGGGCCUCUGGGGAUGGCAAUGCCACCGUUGUCUCCCAGCCUGUGCCAGUCCCUAUCAGCAUGCCAUGGCUGGGAGCAGGGGGAGCAUGACCCCAUCACAGGGGGGGGUACACAGCCUCUCCCCCAAACGUGGCCACGCAGGGGGGAUGGAGCUCAGCGCCCACCCAGCCACGCAGCCAAGCAAACCUUACAAGCUUUUGCUUCCUGAGGAGCUGUAAAUAGUGAAGGCAGGAUUAGGUGACGCGACACAGCGCCCUGGCCCGCAUUGCUCACAGCUCCCCGUGCCACCAAGGACAAUGAGGUCUCCGCUGCGCCACGCUCCUGCGCUGCUUCUCCUUGAGGCGGACACUGCUCAAGCACAGCUAUUUAGGCAGUAACCUAAUCAGCCUAUCGAUAAAUGUGAGUAAUCCUCCCCUCUCCUGGGUCGUAAUUCUCUAGUUCCAUUGGAAUAAAAAUGCCUAUUUUUUUAAGCUCACACUGGGCUGAGUGUCUCCUUGCCCUUGCAGCAGCGAGCAGCCACCCCGCGGCUCCUGGGCACAGCAGUGGGAGUCCAGGGUCUGAGCGAGCCCUGAAUUCCUGCUGGCCUGGCACAAGGCUC